AUGGAGGGAAAGUUACAUGCUCUGGAGAACAGAAUGGAAGGAAAAAUGAACGUAGUUGAAGGACGUAUGGAACACUUGGAGAUGACAGUUGACGGGUUGAAGGCGGAGUCGGCGGCAAACCGGCAAGACUUGAUAGCGAUGCGUAAAGAUAUCCAAGAACUGUUACGGCUGAUGGGUGUGCGAAGCAAGCCAAACGGGGAGAGCUCUGACGGGAGCAAUGGUUCAGUCAAUGAUAAUGGGGGUGGCCGGCGCGAUGGAGCCGAAGGAGAAAGAGAAGGAGAACGAUCAGAGAACCCACCGAAUUGGAGGCGACGGGUGGAGUUACCAGCGUUUGAAGGAGCCGAUCCGUUGAAUUGGAUCACUCGAGCCGAAAAAUUCUUUGAGAUACAGAAGGUGGCGGAGGCGGAGAAGAUCGAACUGGCCCACAUCAGUAUGGAGGGAAGCGCCGGUUAUUGGUUUAAAUUUUGGAAGGAAAAGGCGAGCGACCGAACAUGGGAGGGGCUCAAAGAAGCAUUGCUGAUCAGAUUCGAGAGUCGAUACCGGGGCGGUAUUUUUGAGAGGAUGGCGGCGAUCAAGCAAACAGCCACGGUGGAGGAAUAUGUGAAGGAAUUUGAAGCUCUGGCCGGACAGACGAAAGCGUUUUCGGACGACCAGUUGUUGGGAUACUUCCUGGCGGGCUUACGGGAGGAAUUGCGAUGCCAGGUGAGACCCCACGACCCACGAAACUUGAUGACGGCUAUGAAACUAGCACGAGACGUUGAAGAGGCUCUACGAGGGCUAGGUCUGAUGGGGUGGACGCCAUCCAGGAACCCGCCAUCAUGGGGACGAACGACAGGAGGUGGAACAGGGGUGGUAAGAACCGAUCCGCCGAAGAGCCAGACGAUGCGAACGACCCCGACCGAGAGUGUCGGGUCCGUUAGACGUGACAUCACUACGGGAGGCGGUCUAGUGAGAGGCGGAAUGCACGGAGGAAGUGAUGGCCGUGGAAGAAGCUCAAGAAACCUGCCCUAUCCUGAGUUUCUAAAACGCCGAGAAGAAGGAAGGUGCUUCAGAUGUGGGGGGCCAUUUAGCCCAGGGCACCAGUGCCCGGAGAAGAGUUUAAGGGCGGUGAUACUGGCCGAAGAUGAAGAAGAGGAUGUGGAAGGGGAAGAUGUAGAGCCAGAACCUCCUGGCAUGGAGUUAUCGGCAUUCUCGGCUGGUGGACUGACGCAACCUAAAACAUUGAAGUUGCAGGGAAAAGUGGGAGGAAAAGACGUGCUGAUAUUGAUUGACAGUGGUGUCAGCCACAACUUUGUGAGUAGACGGUUGGUGGAGGAAUUACAGUUGGCACAGGAGGAUACCCCUCCCUACCAGGUGAGUCUGGGAGACGGACGUAAGAAAAGGACUAGUGGAUGUUGUCCGAAGGUAGUGGUCGACAUGGGGGGAGUUGCGAUAGGGGAAAAAUUUUACUUGUUCGACCUGGGAGGUGUCGACAUGAUCCUAGGCGUGGAGUGGCUAGCUAAGCUGGGGGAGAUUACCCUUAACUGGCGGGAGUCCACCAUGGCGUUCGACCAUGCAGGAAAAAGGGUGGUUGUUAAGGGCGAUCCGAAGUUGGAUAAGAGGGUGGUCGAACCUGAGAAGUUAAUGAAGUUGAGUGAGGUGGAGGUGUGGGCGUUCGUCUGGAGUUUGGAGGGCGAGAGGACGAGCGCGAAGGAAGUAGAGGGAGAAGAGUGGGCGGAAGAGCCGAACGGGGAUUUGGAGGACAUUUUAACAAGACAUGCAGGGGUAUUUCAGGAACCCACCGGGUUGCCACCUAAUAAAAAAGAGAAGCAUCGGAUUACGUUAAAAGAAGGAACCGACCCCGUGAACGUACGUCCUUAUCGUUACCCGCACGUCAUGAAGGAAGAGAUCGAGCGCCAAGUGACGGACAUGCUGCAUGCAGGGAUUAUACGACCGAGCGUAAGUCCAUAUUCAAGCCCGGUCAUCCUCGUCAAGAAAAAGGAUGGGAGUUGGCGGUUUUGUAUAGAUUACCGAGCGCUCAACCGCGCCACGGUUCCCAACAAGUUUCCAAUUCCCGUGAUAGAAGAGCUGCUGGACGAGCUCCAGGGCGCACAGUAUUUUUCAAAGGUGGACCUCAAGGCUGGGUAUCACCAGAUUCGGAUGAAUAAGGAGGACGUGCAGAAAACGGCGUUCCGCACUCACUUGGGACAUUACGAGUUCCUUGUGAUGCCGUUCGGCCUCACAAAUGCCCCCUCCACUUUCCAGAGCGCCAUGAACGACCUCCUUGGACCCUUCUUGCGGAGAUUCGCGCUCGUCUUUUUUGACGACAUACUCAUCUACAGUGCAACCUGGGGGGAGCAUUUACGACACGUGGAGCAAGUGUUGAGCUACUUACAGCAAAAUCACUGGGUGGCAAAUUAG